CCUGAGUCCCGCCAGCACCGGAGGAGGAGGAUCGCGCUCUGCUUGGGGAUAUGCUGAAGAGCCAAAGGAGGCAAAGUUGGUACUUGGAGCCCGGAUCCUAACAAAUAUCCGAACGGCGUGGGAAUUACCCAACUGCCAGGGACUGUAAGGGAAAGCACCGAGGACCGGGCUACUGUGGUAGCCGAGAGUUAGACAAUGGGGAGACACUUGGCCUUGCUCCUGCUCCUGCUCCUCUUUCUCCAGCAUUUUGGAGACGGUGAUGGCAGCCAAAGACUUGAACCAAGCUCACCCAUCCAGUUUACACACUUCCAGUACAAUGUCACUGUGCACGAGAACUCAGCGGCGAAAACCUACGUCGGCCACCCCAGCAAGAUGGGUAUCUACAUCUUAGACCCCUCGUGGGAGAUACGGUACAAAAUCAUCUCAGGAGACAGCGAAAACCUGUUCAAAGCGGAAGAGUAUGUUCUCGGAGACUUCUGCUUCCUAAGGCUAAGAACCAAAGGCGGGAAUACGGCCAUCCUUAACCGGGAAGUGAGAGAUCAUUACACGCUGGUAGUCAAGGCAGUCGAAAAAGUCACCAGCGCUGAGGCCCGAGCAAAGGUUCGAGUGCAAGUGCUGGAUACAAACGACUUGAGGCCGCUCUUCUCCCCCACCUCCUACAGCGUCUCUCUGCCGGAAAACACAGCCAUAAGGACCAGUAUUGCAAAGGUCAGUGCCACGGAUGCGGACAUUGGAACCAAUGGCGAGUUUUACUACAGUUUUAAAGACAGAACUGACAUGUUUGCUAUCCACCCCACCAGCGGUGUGGUUGUUUUGACUGGCAGGCUUGAUUUCCUAGAGACCCAGCUCUAUGAGCUGGAGAUCCUGGCUGUGGACCGGGGCAUGAAGCUGUACGGUAGCAGUGGGAUCAGCAGCCUGGCCAAGCUGACGGUUCACGUGGAGCAGGCUAACGAGUGUGCGCCCGUCAUAACCGCGGUGACCUUAUCACCUUCUGAACUGGACAAGGACCCAACCUACGCUAUCAUCACCGUGGAGGACUGUGAUCAGGGUGCCAACGGGGAGAUAGCAUCUUUGAGCAUUGUGGCUGGUGACCUUCUUCAGCAGUUUAAAACAGUGAGGUCUUUCCCAGGGAGUAAAGCAUUCAAAGUGAAAGCCGUAGGGGGCGUCGAUUGGGACAGCCAUCCUUACGGCUACAACCUGACAUUGCAGGCUAAAGACAAAGGGACUCCUCCCCAGUUUUCCCCCGUGAAAGUCAUUCACAUCAUUUCUCCUCAGUUCAGAGCUGGCCCUGUCAAGUUUGAAAUGGAUGUUUACAGAGCUGAGAUCAGUGAAUUUGCCCCUCCACAUACACCUGUGGUCCUGAUCAAAACCAUUCCUAGCUAUUCCCAUUCGAGAUAUGUUUUCAAAAGCACUCCUGGAAAACCUAAGUUCGGUUUAAAUCACAACACGGGUCUCAUUUCCAUUUUAGAACCCAUUAGAAGGCAGCACACAUCCCAAUUUGAACUUGAGGUGACAACAAGUGACAGAAGAGCCUCCACCAAAGUCAUGGUCAAAGUUUUAGGCACAAACAGCAACCCCCCUGAGUUCACACAGACUGCGUACAAAGCAUCCUUCGAUGAGAAUGCGCCUGUUGGUACCGCUGUCAUGAGGGUGAGCGCAGUCGACCCUGAUGAGGGGGAGAAUGGCUACGUGACUUACAGUAUUGCAAACCUAAAUCAUGUGCCGUUCGUCAUUGACCACUUCACUGGUACCAUAAGUACCUCUGAGAAUCUGGACUAUGAACUGAUGCCUCGGGUAUACACGCUGAGGAUUCGUGCUUCCGACUGGGGCUUGCCGUACCGACGGGAAGUGGAAGUCCUUGCCACGAUUACUCUCAAUAACCUGAAUGACAACACUCCCCUGUUUGAGAGGAUAAACUGUGUAGGGACCAUUCCCCGAGACCUAGGUGUGGGGGAGCAGAUAACCACAGUGUCUGCUAUUGACGCAGAUGAGCUGCAGCUGGUCCGAUACCAGAUUGAAGCUGGUAAUGAGUUUGAUUUGUUUGACUUAAACCCCAGCUCUGGUGUGCUGUCGUUAAAACACUCGCUUAUGGACGGCUUGGGUGCAAAGGUUUCUUUUCACAGUUUGAGAAUCACAGCAACGGACGGAGAAAAUUUUGCCACGCCGCUAUACAUCAACCUGACGGUGGCUGCCAGUCGCAAGCCAGUAAACUUGCGGUGCGAGGAGACCGGUGUUGCCAAAAUGCUGGCAGAGAAACUCCUGCAGGCAAAUAAGUUACAUGGUCAGGGGGACGUGGAGGAUAUCUUCUUUGAUUCUCACUCUGUCAAUGCCCAUGCUCCACAGUUUAGGGGUUCUCUUCCAACUGGAGUUGAGGUAAAGGAGAACCUUCCAGUGGGUGCCAGUAUACUAUUCAUGAAUGCUACUGAUCUUGACUCUGGCUUCAAUGGAAAACUCGUCUAUGCUAUUUCUGGGGGGAAUGAUGAUAGUUGCUUAACUAUUGACAUGGAAACGGGAAUGCUGAAAGUCCUGUCUCCACUUGACCGUGAAGUAACGGACAAAUACACACUGAAUAUCACUGUGUACGACCUUGGUAUACCCCAGAGGGCUGCCUGGCGUCUUCUAGAUGUCACGGUUCUGGAUGCCAAUGACAACGCGCCCGAGUUUUUACAGGAGAGCUAUUUUGUUGAAGUGAGUGAAGACAAGGAGAUAAACAGUGAAAUCAUCCAGGUUGAAGCCACUGACAAAGAUCUGGGCCCCAGUGGACACGUGACAUAUGCUAUUCUCACGGAUACAGAGAAGUUUUCAAUCGACAGCGUGACCGGCGUGGUGAAGAUUAUCCAGCCUUUGGAUCGUGAAGUGCAGCCUGUGCAUUACUUAAAGAUCGAAGCCAGGGACCAAGCCACAGAAGAACCCCGGUUGUUCUCCACUGUGCUUCUGAAGGUGUCACUUGAUGAUGUUAAUGACAACCCACCUAGGUUCAUUCCACCCAAUUACUCUGUGAAAGUUCGAGAAGAUCUACCAGAAGGAACCAUCAUCAUGUGGCUAGAAGCCUAUGACCCUGAUGUAGGCCAGUCCAGUCAGGUGAGAUACAGUCUCCUGGACCACGGAGAAGGCCACUUUGACGUGGAUAAACUCAGCGGAGCAGUUAGAAUUGUCCAGCAGCUGGACUUUGAGAAGAAGCAACUGUAUAAUCUCACCGUGAGGGCCAAAGACAAAGGGAAGCCGCUGUCUCUGUCUUCCACUUGCUAUGUGGAAGUGGAGGUCGUUGACGUGAAUGAGAACUUACACGCUCCAGUGUUCUCCAGCUUCGUGGAGAAGGGUGUAGUGAAAGAAGACGUCCCUAUUGGCUCAUCAGUCAUGACCGUGUCAGCUCAUGACGAGGACACUGGGAGAGAUGGAGAGAUCCGGUAUUCCAUUAGAGAUGGCUCUGGUGUUGGUGUUUUCAGGAUAGAUGAAGAAACAGGUGUUAUAGAGACGUCAGACCGGCUGGACAGAGAGUCAACUUCCCACUACUGGCUCACAGUCUAUGCCACAGACCAGGGUGUAGUGCCUCUGUCGUCCUUCAUAGAAGUCUACAUAGAGGUGGAGGAUGUCAAUGACAACGCACCACAGACAUCAGAGCCUGUGUACUAUCCAGAAAUCAUGGAAAACUCACCCAAGGAUGUAUCCGUGGUUCAGAUUGAGGCUUUUGACCCAGAUUCCAGCUCCAGUGACAAGUUGACGUACAGAAUUACAAGUGGGAAUCCGCAAGGAUUCUUCUCAAUACAUCCUAAAACAGGUCUCAUCACAACCACAUCGAGGAAGCUGGACAGAGAACAGCAGGAAGAGCACAUUCUAGAGGUCACUGUGACAGACAACGGGGUUCCUCCCAGAUCCACCAUUGCCAGAGUCAUUGUGAAAAUCCUCGAUGAGAACGACAACAGGCCUCAGUUCCUUCAGAAGUUUUACAAAAUCAGGCUCCCAGAGCGAGAAAAAUCGGACGGAGACCGGAGUGCAAAACGGGAGCCUCUGUACCGAGUCAUAGCCGCCGAUAAGGACGAAGGGCCCAAUGCUGAGCUCUCCUACAGCAUCGAGGAAGGGAACGAGCAUGGCAGGUUUUCCAUCGAACCCAAAACGGGAGUGGUCUCAUCCAAAAAGUUCUCUGCAGCCGGAGAAUACGACAUUCUUUCCAUUAAGGCAGUUGACAAUGGGCGCCCCCAGAAGUCUUCCACCACCAGACUCCAUAUUGAGUGGAUCUCGAAACCCAAACCAUCCUUGGAGCCGAUUUCCUUUGAAGAAUCAGUUUUCUCAUUCACCGUAAUGGAAAGUGAUCCUGUGGCUCACAUGAUCGGCGUGAUCUCGGUUGAGCCUCCUGCCAUGCCUUUGUGGUUUGACAUCAUCGGUGGCAACUAUGACAGCCACUUUGAUGUGGACAAGGGCACCGGAACCGUCAUUGUUGCCAAGCCCCUUGAUGCAGAACAGAAAUCCAACUAUAAUCUCACAGUGGAGGCCACGGACGGGACCACCACAAUCCUCACCCAGGUACUCAUCAAAGUAAUAGACACCAAUGACCACCGCCCCCAGUUCUCUACAUCGAAGUAUGAAGUUGCUGUCCCUGAAGACACAGAGCCAGAAACAGAGAUCCUGCAGAUCAGUGCAGUAGACAGGGAUGAGAAAAACAAAUUGAUCUACACUCUGCAGAGCAGCAUAGAUCCAGCAAGUCUCAAGAAAUUCCGCCUUGAUCCUGCGACAGGAGCUCUUUACACUUCUGAAAAGCUUGACCACGAAGCCAUUCACCAGCACGUUCUCACAGUCAUGGUCCGGGAUCAGGAUGUCCCUGUGAAACGCAACUUUGCCAGGAUCAUCGUCAAUGUCAGUGACAUGAAUGACCACGCUCCGUGGUUCACCAGUUCAUCCUAUGAAGGGCGGGUUUAUGAAUCGGCAGCUGUGGGCUCCGUUGUGCUGCAGGUUACAGCUCUGGACAAAGACAAAGGGAGAAAUGCUGAAGUGCUCUACUCAAUUGAAUCAGGAAACAUUGGAAAUUCUUUUACAAUCGACCCCAUCUUGGGCUCUAUAAAAACUGCCAGAGAAUUGGACCGAAGUCACCAGGUAGACUAUGAUUUAGUGGUAAAAGCUACAGACAAAGGCGAUCCACCAUUGAGUGAAAUGACCUCCGUGCGCAUCGCCGUCACUGUAGCCGACAACGCCUCUCCUAAGUUCACGUCCAAAGAGUACUCUGUGGAGAUCAGUGAAGCCAUCAGGGUUGGGAGUUUUGUUGGGAUGGUCUCUGCUCAGAGUCAGUCAUCAGUGAUGUAUGAAAUAAGAGAUGGAAACACGGGUGAUGCAUUUAAUAUUAACCCACAUUCUGGAAGCAUCGUCACUCAGAGAGCCUUGGAUUUUGAAACACUGCCCAUUUAUACAUUGACAGUACAAGGGACCAACAUGGCCGGUUUGUCCACCAACACGACAGUGGUAGUGCAUGUACAGGAUGAGAAUGACAACCCACCGGUUUUUACACGGACGGAAUAUUCGGGAUUCAUCAGUGAGUCAGCCUCCGUCAACAGUGUGGUGCUAACAGACAGGAAUGUUCCGCUGGUGAUUCGAGCGACGGAUGCCGACAGGGAAUCCAACGCUCUUCUCGUCUAUCAAAUCGUAGAGCCCUCUGUGCACAACUAUUUUGCAAUUGAUCCCACCACUGGCGCUAUCCGGACGGUGCUGAGUCUGGACUAUGAAGAAACACAUGCUUUCCACUUUACCGUCCAAGUGCAUGACAUGGGGACACCUCGUCUGUUUGCUGAGUAUGCAGCUAAUGUGACUGUGCAUGUGAUUGACAUCAAUGACUGCCCCCCUGUUUUCUCUAAGUCACUGUACGAAGCAUCUCUUCUGUUGCCAACAUACAAAGGGGUAAAUGUCAUCACAGUGAAUGCCACAGAUGCCGACUCCAGGGCAUUCUCCCAGUUACUAUACUCCAUCACUGAAGGCAACAUUGGGGAGAAGUUCUCAAUGGACUACAAGACCGGCACCAUAGCAAUACAAAACACGACUCAGCUCCGAAGCCGCUAUGAGCUGGCCGUCCGCGCCUCCGACGGCAGGUUCACAAGCAUGGCCUCCGUGAAAAUCAAUGUGAAGGAAAGCAGAGAGAGUCCACUCAAGUUCACCCAGGACACCUACUCUGCAGUUGUGAAGGAAAACUCCACAGAAGCCAAAACGUUAGCUGUCAUUACCGCGAUAGGGAACCCUAUCAAUGAGCCUUUGUUUUACCGUAUCCUCAACCCAGACCGCAGAUUUAAGAUCAGCCACACUUCCGGAGUGCUGUCCACCACUGGGAUACCAUUUGAUCGUGAACAACGGGAGACGUUUGACGUGGUGGUAGAGGUGACUAAGGAACUCGAGCCGUUGACAGUGGCCCACGUCGUGGUGAAAGUCACCAUUGAAGACCAGAAUGAUAACGCUCCAGUGUUUGUCAACCUUCCCUACUAUGCUGUCGUGAAGGUGGAUGCUGAGGUGGGUCAUGUCAUUCGCCACGUUACUGCCAUCGACAGAGACAGUGGCAGAAAUGGUGACAUACACUACUACCUUAAGGAACAUCAUGACCACUUCCAGAUUGGACCCUCUGGUGACAUUUCUCUGAAGAAGCAGUUUGAGCAUGACACCUUAAAUAAAGAAUACCUUGUCACCGUGGUCGCCAAGGAUGGAGGAAGCCCAGCUUUCUCUGCAGAAGUUCUGGUUCCCAUUACUGUCAUGAACAAAGCCAUGCCCGUGUUUGAAAAGGCUUUCUAUAGUGCAGAGAUUCCAGAGAACAUCCAGAUGCAUAGCCCAGUGGUCCACGUUCAAGCCAACAGCCCAGAAGGUUUGAAAGUGUUCUACAGUAUCACGGACGGAGACCCUUUUAGUCAGUUCACUAUUAAUUUCAACACUGGGGUGAUAAACGUCAUAGCACCGCUGGAUUUUGAGUCCCACCCAGCCUAUAAACUAAGCAUACGAGCAACUGACUCCCUGACGGGUGCUCAUGCUGAAGUGUUUGUUGAUAUCAUAGUGGAAGACAUCAAUGAUAACCCUCCGGUGUUUGUGCAGCAAUCUUACUCCACAACCUUGUCUGAAGCAUCUGUAAUUGGAACACCUGUCCUUCAAGUUCGAGCCACAGAUUCUGACUCGGAACCAAACAGAGGAAUUUCCUACCAGCUGAUUGGAAAUCACAGCAAAAGCCAGGAUCAUUUUCACAUAGAUAGUAACACCGGGCUCAUUUCACUCGUAAGAGCUUUGGAUUAUGAACAGCUCCAACAGCACAGGAUUUUUGUAAGGGCUGUUGAUGGAGGAAUGCCGCCCCUGAGCAGUGAUGUGGUCGUCACUGUGGAUGUCACUGACCUCAAUGAUAACCCACCUCUGUUUGAACAACAGGUCUAUGAAGCCAGAAUCAGUGAGCACGCAGUGCACGGACAUUUCGUGAUGUGUGUGAAAGCCUGCGACGCAGAUAGCUCAGACCUAGACAAGUUAGAGUACUCCAUUCUGUCCGGCAAUGAUCAUAAAAGCUUUGUCAUUGACAGGGAAACGGGAAUUAUCACGCUGUCAAACCUCCGCCGUCACACCUUGAAGCCCUUCUACAGCCUCAACGUCUCUGUGUCUGAUGGGGUUUUUCGAAGCUCAGCUCAGGUUAACGUAACUGUGAUGGGAGGGAAUUUGCACAGUCCCGUUUUUCACCAGAAUGAAUACGAAGUAGAGCUAGCCGAAAACGCUCCUUUGCACACCCUAGUGGUCCAUGUGAAGGCCACCGACAGAGACACUGGUAUUUACAGCCAUAUAACUUACCAUAUUGUAAAUGACUUUGCCAAAGAUAGGUUUUAUGUGAAUGACAGAGGGCAGAUUUUCACUUUGGAGAAACUUGAUCGAGAGACUCCGGCAGAAAAAGUAAUCUCAAUCCGUUUGAUGGCUAAGGAUGCUGGGGGAAAAGUUGCCUUCUGCACCAUCAAUGUCAUCCUCACAGACGACAAUGACAACGCGCCACAGUUUCGCUCAACCAAGUACGAGGUGAACGUUGGGUCCAGCGCUGCCAAAGGGACGUCAGUCGUCAAGAUCUUCGCAAGUGACGCCGAUGAGGGAUCGAAUGCUGACGUCACCUAUGCCAUUGAGGCGGAUUCUGAAAGUGUCAAGGAGAAUUUGGAAAUCAACAAACUGACUGGCCUGAUUACUACAAAGGAAAGUUUAAUAGGCUUAGAGAAUGAGUUCUUCACUUUCUUCGUGAGAGCCGUGGAUAGCGGGUCUCCGCCCAAGGAAUCUGUUGUUCCUGUCUAUGUUAAAAUACUUCCACCAGAAGUGCAGCUUCCCAGGUUCUCAGAGCCCUUUUACACCUAUGCCAUCUCAGAAGACAUGCCCAUUGGGACAGAAAUUGACCUCAUCCGGGUAGAACAUAGCGGGCCGGUUCUUUACACCCUUGUCAAAGGCAAUACUCCUGAGAGUAAUAGAGAUGAAUUCUUUGUGAUUGACAGGCAGAGUGGGAGGCUGAAACUGGAGAAGAGUCUUGACCAUGAGACCACUAAGUGGUAUCAAUUUUCCGUCCUGGCCAGAUGCACUCUUGAUGACUACGAGGUGGUGGCUUCUAUAGAUGUCAGUAUCCAGGUGAAAGACGCUAAUGAUAACAGCCCAGUUUUGGAGUCUAACCCGUAUGAGGCAUUUAUUGUUGAAAACCUGCCAGCAGGAAGUAGAGUCAUCCAGAUCAGAGCAUCUGACCUCGACUCAGGAGCCAACGGCCAAGUCAUGUACAGUCUAGAUCAGUCCCAAGAUGCAGAUGUCAUUGAAUCUUUUGCCAUCAACAUGGAAACAGGCUGGAUUACAACUCUCAAGGAGCUUGACCACGAAGAGAGAGCCAGUUACCAGAUCAAAGUGGUUGCGUCGGAUCAUGGUGAAAAGCUGCAGCUGUCUUCCACCGCCAUUGUGGAUGUGACAGUCACCGAUGUCAAUGACAGCCCUCCGAGAUUCACCGCUGAGAUUUACAAAGGGACAGUGAGUGAGGAUGACCCUCCGGGUGGUGUGAUCGCCAUCUUAAGCACCACUGACGCUGACUCUGAAGAGAUUAACAGACAGGUGUCAUACUUCAUAACAGGAGGAGACGUGUUGGGACAGUUUGCUGUGGAAAAUGUGCAGAAUGACUGGAGGGUGUACGUGAAGAAACCUCUGGACAGGGAGCAAAAGGACAGUUACCUUCUGACUGUCACGGCCACAGAUGGAACCUUCUCUUCCAAAGCUAGAGUUGAAGUCAAAGUCCUCGAUGCCAACGACAACAGUCCAGUUUGUGAGAAGACCUCAUAUUCUGAUACCAUUCCUGAAGACGCCCUUCCUGGGAAGCUUGUCAUGCAAGUCUCUGCCACAGACGCAGACAUCCGGUCCAACGCGGAGAUUACUUACACUUUAUUUGGUUCAGGUGCAGAAAAGUUUAAACUGAAUCCAGACACAGGUGAACUGAGAACAGUAGCCCUCCUUGAUCGUGAGGAGCAAGCAGUUUAUAAUCUUCUAGUCAAGGCCACGGAUGGAGGGGGGAGAUCCUGUCAGGCAGCUGUUGUGCUCACGUUAGAAGAUGUGAAUGACAACGCCCCUGAGUUCACUGCAGAGCCGUACACCAUCACGGUAUUUGAGAACACAGAGCCUGGGACACCGCUGACCAGAGUGCAGGCCACUGAUGCAGAUGCAGGAUUGAAUCGGAAGAUUUCCUACUCACUGAUUGACUCUGCUGACGGGCAGUUCUCCAUUAACGAGCUAUCUGGAAUUAUCCAGUUGGAAAAGCAUUUGGACAGGGAACUACAGGCAGUAUAUACUCUCACUUUGAAAGCAGUGGACCAAGGACUGCCAAGGAAAUUGACAGCUACCGGCACGGUGGUUGUGUCUGUCUUGGAUAUAAACGACAACCCGCCUGUGUUUGAAUACCGUGAGUAUGGUGCCACUGUGUCUGAGGACAUUGUCAUCGGGACAGAGGUUCUCCAGGUGUACGCAGCAAGUCGGGAUAUCGAGGCAAACGCAGAAAUCACCUACGCCAUAAUAAGUGGAAACGAACAUGGAAAAUUCAGCAUUGAUUCUAAGACAGGGGCCAUAUUUAUCAUUGAGAACCUGGACUAUGAAAGCUCCCACGGGUAUUACCUGACUGUGGAAGCCACUGAUGGAGGCACGCCUUCAUUGAGUGACGUGGCGACCGUGAACAUCAACGUCACAGACAUCAAUGAUAACAGCCCAGUGUUCAGCCAAGACACCUACACCACAGUGAUUGGUGAAGACGCAGCUCUCGAGCAGUCUGUGAUCACAAUUAUGGCUGACGACGCUGAUGGCCCCUCAAACAGCCACAUCCACUACUCCAUCAUAGAGGGUAACCAAGGAAGUCCGUUCACAAUUGACCCUGUCAGAGGAGAAGUAAGAGUCACGAAGCCCCUGGACCGGGAAACGAUCUCAGGUUAUACGCUCACGGUGCAAGCUGCCGACAAUGGCAAUCCACCCAGAGUCAACACAACCACGGUGAACAUCGAUGUCUCCGACGUCAAUGACAACGCUCCCCUCUUCUCCAGAGACAACUACAGUGUCAUCAUCCAGGAGAACAAGCCCGUGGGUUUCAGCGUCCUGAAGCUGGUAGUGACAGACAAGGACUCUUCCCACAAUGGUCCCCCCUUCUUCUUUACUAUUGUGAGUGGAAAUGAUGACAAUGCGUUUGAAGUGAACCAGCACGGGGUCCUCCUGACAGCGGCGACAGUCAAGAGGAAAGUGAAGGACCAUUACCUUCUGCAUGUUAAGGUGGCUGAUAAUGGAAAGCCUCAGCUGUCAUCGAUGACACACAUUGACAUCAGAGUGAUUGAGGAAAGCAUCCACCCUCCUGCCAUCUUGCCACUAGAGAUUUUCAUCACUGCCUUUGGAGAGGAAUACUCAGGUGGGGUCAUAGGAAAGAUCCACGCCACAGACCAGGACGUGUAUGACACCUUGACAUACAGUCUGGAUCCCCACAUGGAUGGCCUGUUCUCUGUGUCCAGCACGGGGGGUAAGCUGAUUGCACACAGAAAGCUGGAUAUAGGCCAGUACCUUCUCAAUGUCAGCGUGACAGACGGGAAAUUUACAACGGUGGCCGACAUCACCGUGCACAUCCAACAAGUGACACAGGAGAUGCUGAACCACACCAUUGCGAUCCGCUUCGCGAAUCUCACCCCGGAAGAGUUUGUCGGUGACUAUUGGCGCAAUUUCCAGCGAGCUUUACGCAACAUCCUGGGCGUUCGGAAGAACGACAUACAGAUCCUCAGCCUGCAGCCCUCUGAACCCCAUUCGCAUCUGGACGUCUUACUCUUUGUAGAGAAGUCAGGUGGCACCCAGAUUUCAACAAAGCAACUUCUGCACAAGAUUAAUUCCUCCGUGACUGACGUCGAGGAGAUCAUUGGUGUGAGGAUCCUAGACGUGUUCCAGAAGCGCUGCGCAGGGCUGGAUUGCCCGCGGAAGUUCUGUGACGAGAAGGUGUCCGUGGAUGAAAACGUUAUGUCAACUCACAGCACAGCCAGACUGAGCUUCGUGACUCCCCGACACCAUAGAACGGCUGUGUGUCUCUGCAAAGAUGGGAAGUGCCCACCUGUCCACCACGGGUGUGAAGAUAACCCCUGCCCCGCAGGAUCUGAAUGUGUCGCAGAUCCCCGAGAGGAGAAGUACAGCUGUGUGUGUCCUGGGGGCGGCUUCGGUAAAUGCCCAGGGAGUUCAUCCAUAACUUUUACCGGAAACAGCUUUGUGAAGUAUCGUCUGCUGGAAAAUGAGAACCGACUGGAGAUGAAGUUGAGCAUGCGGCUGCGAACCUACUCUUCCCACGCGGUUGUCAUGUAUGCUCGAGGAACCGACUACAGUAUCCUGGAGAUUCACACCGGGAGGCUGCAGUACAAGUUUGACUGUGGAAGUGGCCCUGGGAUUGUCUCUGUUCAGAGCAUUCAGGUCAACGACGGGCAGUGGCACGCGGUGUCCCUGCAAGUGGAGGGCAAUUAUGCGAAGCUGAUUCUAGAUGAAGUCCACACUGCAUCGGGCACGGCCCCUGGGGCUCUGAAAACCCUCAACCUGGAUAACUAUGUAUUUUUUGGUGGCCACCUCCGCCAGCCAGGGACGAAGCAUGGGCGAAGCACCCAGGUGGCCAAUGGUUUCAGGGGCUGCAUGGACUCCAUUUAUUUGAAUGGGCAGGAGCUGCCUUUGAACAACAAACCAAGAGCUUACGCGCACAUCGAAGAGUGGGUGGACCUCUCUCACGGGUGCUUGUUAACUGCCACAGAAGACUGCUCCAGCAGCCCUUGUCAGAAUGGAGGCGUCUGCAAUCCCUCACCUACCGGAGGUUACUACUGCAAGUGCAGUGCAUUGUACGUAGGGACGUACUGUGAGGUGAGCGUCAACCCAUGUGCCUCCAACCCCUGCCUCUACGGUGGAACGUGCAUGGUAGACAACGGAGGCUUUGUUUGCCAGUGCAGGGGGCUGUACACUGGUCAGAGAUGUCAGCUUAGUCCCUACUGCGAAGAUGAACCCUGUAAAAAUGGUGGAACGUGUUUUGACAGUUUGGACGGUGCUGUCUGUCAGUGUGACUCAGGCUUUAGGGGAGAAAGAUGUCAGAGUGACAUUGAUGAGUGUGCCGGGAACCCCUGUCGGAAUGGGGCCCUUUGCGAGAACACACAUGGCUCCUAUUACUGUAACUGCAGCCAGGAGUACAGAGGGAAGCACUGUGAGGACGCCACUCCCAACCACUACGUGUCCACCCCGUGGAACAUCGGACUGGCCGAGGGCAUAGGCAUUAUUGUGUUUAUAGCCGGGAUAUUCCUACUGGUCGUGGUGUUUGUCCUCUGCCGGAAGAUGAUCAGUCGGAAGAAGAAGCACCAGGCGGAACCUGAAGACAAACGUCUGGGACCGAGCACAGCUUUCUUGCAGAGAACUUACUUUGAUUCGAAGGUGAACAAGAACAUUUACUCUGACAUACCGCCCCAGGUGCCUGUCCGUCCCAUUUCCUACACCCCGAGCAUUCCAAGUGACUCCAGAAACAACCUUGACCGGAAUUCAUUUGAAGGCUCAGCCAUCCCAGAGCAUCCAGAAUUCAGCACUUUCAACCCCGAGUCUAUACACGGGCAUCGGAAAGCUGUGGCUGUGUGCAGCGUAGCUCCAAACUUGCCUCCGCCACCGCCUUCCAACUCUCCCUCAGACAGCGACUCCAUACAGAAACCUAGCUGGGACUUUGACUAUGACGCUAAAGUGGUGGAUCUGGAUCCUUGUCUUUCCAAGAAGCCCCUGGAGGAAAAGCCCUCCCAGCCGCUCAGUGUUCGGGAGAGCCUGUCCGAGGUGCAGUCCCUUAGCUCCUUCCAGUCAGAGUCCUGUGAUGAUAAUGGGUACCACUGGGAUACAUCAGACUGGAUGCCAAGCGUUCCUCUGCCAGACAUACAAGAGUUCCCCAAUUACGAGGUUAUUGACGAGCACACGCCCCUCUACUCGGCUGAUCCAAAUGCCAUUGAUACUGACUAUUACCCUGGGGGUUAUGACAUUGAAAGUGACUUCCCACCCCCACCAGAGGACUUCCCUGCACCCGAUGAACUGCCACCAUUGCCUCCAGAAUUCAGCGACCAGUUCGAGUCCAUACACCCACCCAGAGACAUGCCUGCAGCAGGUAGCUUGGGAUCUUCCUCCAGGAGUCGGCAGAGGUUCAACCUGAAUCAGUACCUGCCCAAUUUCUACCCCGUCGAUAUGUCUGAACCUCAGAAACAAGGCGCUGGCGAGAACAGUCCAUGUAGAGAACCCUACACCCCCUACCCUCCGGGGUAUCAAAGAAACUUCGAAGCGCCCACCAUAGAAAACAUGCCCAUGUCUGUGUACGCCUCCACGGCUUCCUGCUCCGAUGUGUCAGCGUGCUGUGAAGUGGAGUCUGAGGUCAUGAUGAGCGACUACGAGAGCGGGGACGACGGCCACUUUGAAGAGGUGACGAUCCCUCCGCUAGAGUCCCAGCAGCAUACGGAAGUGUGACGCUCAAACUCCUCCCCAAAGUGCCUGGACUUUCAUGAACCUAGAGAUGCUACCCGUGAUAUCCGCGUUGUUCUUUUGCAGCGGUCUUGCCCCCUUCUCGGCGAGCUGCGGUAGGCGUGGCUGCACGGAGUCACACGCCUCUUGACAUGUUAGCCAUUUCCAGUGUCCUAACUGACUAUAAUCGACCGGGUUUUCAUCCCCUGUCCCAUCCCCAGCAUCUUUUCGUAUUUAGAUUUGUCUCUGUUAAAAUGAUGAAACAGAAAUCAGUCCUGUCGUCUUGUUAGCAUGAUUCAUGUAUUUAUAUAGAUCCGAUUAUUUUAAUUUUGCUUUCUUUGUGUAAAUUUUAUGUACAGAUUUGAUUUUUUUUUUCCUCCCAUAGUUUUAACUAGGUUUUCAGGACGCAUUGUGUGUUUGUUUUCUGCUGGAUCUGUGUGGUGUUAGUGUCAUCGCCUAGCAUCUGAUUUUCUGAUGUAACCAGGGUUUCAUGCUGUUCUUUCCCACUCAAGUAUGACAUUUCAUUGACACAUUUCGGUCCAGUGUAGCUGUACAUAUGGGGUGAGGACGACCUGUUACUGGACAUGUCUUAAAUGGGUUGCUGUAUUAGGAUAAACAUUAUAAACAUUUUUCAUUAUUGGAAAGUGUAAAGGGGACCUUCUGCAUACCUGUUUAGAACCAAAACCACCACGACACGGUUUUUAUAGUGUCUGUAUAUUUGUGAUGCAAUGGUCUUGUAAAGGUUUUUACUGAAAACUAUCAUUAGCCAGCCUUUCUUACUGACAAUAAAUUAUUAAUAAAAUACUUUAGCUUUA